AUGGUUGCUAUGGACAGGAAGUUCCGGUAUCGAUCAGGCCUACGCUUCCUACCUUCCCCUAAAUGCUCUCAGCGAAUCGGUAGAGAACCGAGAUACGCCAGAUUGGUCUUGAAGAUUCCAGCCCCGUCUCCCAGACCUAUAAAAGGCCGGCACUCUCAAGCUAUGUCGAAUGGAGUAGUCGGAGUCGCCGACAAGAAACGAGCCUUCCAGAGAAUAGCGAAGAAACGGCGAAUUACCAGCGUUGUGUGGAAAUGUGGUAAAGUCAAUGGAUUGCAGGGGUUAGUGAUAGGAGGAAAGGAGGCGAAACAAGGAGCCUGGCCUUGGAUGGUGGCAAUUUUUAUGCGAGACCGAUAUGGAAUAUUUACUCAUAAAUGUACAGGUGCCAUGAUUACCAGAAAGCAUGUGCUAUCCGCUGCUCACUGCUUCAAAAGAAAAGAUCCGUCUCUAUAUGUAGCAAGGAUAGGACACGUCUAUCAGAAUCUAGCUUAUGAGUACGGUAUCAGUCAGAUACAUGUUCCUAAUACUUACAGCCGUAACCAAUAUUAUGACGAUAUAGCUGUCCUGACUUUGUCGAGAGAGAUAAAUUCUAAGAAUGUCAGUCCUAUCUGCUUGCCUUUGAGUUCUGAAUUCGUAAAUUUGGAGGGAACCGGUACCACAGCUGCUGGUUGGGGAUCUACAAAACCAGACGGUCCUGCAAGUCGUUUGUUAAUGGAGCUCCCUGCCAUUCCUGUUAUAUCUAACCAGAAAUGUAACGCUAUAUUGACUGAAAAAGUGCUAGACUUUCGACAACAGUUCCCAAGAGGAAUUACAGAUGGAUUUGUAUGCGCAGGAUUUUUGGAAGGUGGUAGAGACACUUGUGGGGGUGAUUCCGGGGGACCUCUGAUGGAUCUUCAAGGUGAUCAUUUGUAUGUCGUUGGAGUGGUUUCAUUUGGAGUGGAUUGCGCCAAACCAGGUUUUCCGGGAGGUUACACAAGAGUGUCCAAAUAUCUGAAAUGGAUUCACCAAAUCAUUAGAUCAUGA